GCGGCGCGGCAGAGCGCGGCUCGGCGAGGCCCUGAGCGGAGCCUCCGCGCCGCGCUGCGCUCCCGCUCAGCGACUAUGGCCGGGGGAAGGCGAGGGCUGGUGGCGCCUCAGAACACGUUCCUGGAGAACAUCGUGCGAAGGUCUAACGAUACUAAUUUUGUCCUGGGUAAUGCCCAGAUCGUGGAUUGGCCCAUUGUCUACAGCAACGAUGGAUUUUGCAAGUUAUCAGGAUAUCACAGAGCAGAAGUUAUGCAAAAAAGCAGCACCUGCAGUUUUAUGUAUGGAGAGCUGACAGACAAAGAUACAAUCGACAAGGUCCGGCAAACAUUUGAGAACUAUGAGAUGAACUCCUUUGAAAUCCUGAUGUACAAGAAGAACAGAACACCUGUCUGGUUCUUUGUGAAAAUUGCUCCAAUUCGAAAUGAGCAGGAUAAAGUGGUUUUAUUUCUUUGCACUUUCAAUGACAUAACGGCUUUCAAGCAGCCCAUUGAGGAUGAUUCAUGUAAAGGUUGGGGGAAGUUUGCCCGCUUGACGCGUGCCCUCACGAGCAGCCGAGGGGUGCUGCAGCAGCUUGCUCCCAGCGUGCAGAAAGGAGAGAACGUUCACAAGCACUCAAGACUUGCUGAGGUAUUGCAGCUGGGUUCUGAAAUCCUCCCACAGUACAAACAAGAGGCACCAAAGACUCCACCACAUAUAAUUUUGCAUUAUUGUGUAUUCAAGACUACCUGGGACUGGAUCAUCCUGAUUUUAACCUUCUACACUGCUAUUUUGGUCCCUUACAAUGUCUCCUUUAAAACCAAGCAGAACAACGUGGCGUGGCUAGUAGUGGACAGCAUUGUAGAUGUCAUUUUUCUGGUUGACAUUGUGCUCAAUUUCCACACCACCUUUGUGGGGCCGGCAGGGGAGGUGAUCUCUGACCCCAAGCUGAUCCGCAUGAAUUACCUGAAGACCUGGUUUGUGAUUGACCUGCUCUCCUGCCUGCCUUAUGAUGUCAUCAAUGCAUUUGAGAACGUUGAUGAGGGCAUCAGCAGCCUGUUCAGCUCCCUCAAGGUGGUCAGGCUGCUGCGGCUGGGCCGCGUGGCCCGCAAGCUGGACCACUACAUCGAGUACGGGGCGGCGGUGCUGGUGCUGCUGGUGUGCGUGUUCGGGCUGGCCGCGCACUGGCUGGCCUGCAUCUGGUACAGCAUCGGCGACUACGAGGUCAUCGACGAGGACACCAACACCAUCCGCACCGAGAGCUGGCUCUACCAGCUGGGGGAGUCCAUCGGCACCCCCUACCGCUUCAACGCCUCCGGCUUCGGCAAGUGGGAGGGCGGGCCCAGCAAGGACUCCGUCUACAUCUCCUCGCUCUACUUCACCAUGACCAGCCUGACCAGCGUGGGGUUCGGCAACAUCGCUCCCACCACGGACGGGGAGAAGAUCUUCGCUGUGGCCAUGAUGAUGAUUGGCUCCCUUCUGUAUGCCACCAUUUUUGGUAACGUGACAACCAUAUUUCAGCAGAUGUACGCUAACACAAACAGAUACCAUGAAAUGCUGAACAGCGUCCGGGACUUUUUGAAGCUCUACCAGGUCCCCAAAGGACUGAGUGAACGUGUGAUGGAUUACAUUGUUUCCACCUGGUCAAUGUCCAGGGGAAUAGAUACUGAAAAGGUUUUGCAGAUCUGCCCUAAGGACAUGAGAGCAGAUAUCUGCGUUCACCUGAACCGCAAGGUUUUCAAGGAGCACCCCGCCUUCAGGCUGGCCAGCGACGGGUGCCUGCGGGCGCUGGCCAUGGAAUUCCAGACGGUGCACUGCGCUCCGGGAGACCUCAUCUACCACGCCGGGGAGAGCGUCGACAGCCUCUGCUUCGUGGUCUCGGGCUCCUUGGAAGUGAUCCAGGAUGAUGAAGUCGUUGCUAUAUUAGGCAAAGGAGACGUUUUUGGUGAUGUGUUCUGGAAGGAGUCGACUCUCGCCCAGUCCUGUGCUAAUGUGAGGGCUUUGACUUACUGUGAUCUGCAUGUGAUUAAAAGGGAUGCCUUGCAGAAAGUGCUGGAAUUCUACACUGCCUUUUCACACUCCUUCUCCAGAAAUCUCAUUUUGACCUACAACUUGAGAAAAAGGAUUGUGUUCCGGAAAAUCAGCGACGUCAAGCGGGAAGAAGAGGAGAGGAUGAAGAGGAAGAAUGAAGCGCCCCUGAUCUUGCCCCCGGACCACCCGGUGCGGCGGCUGUUCCAGCGGUUCAGGCAGCAGAAGGAAGCGCGGCUCGCGGCGGAGAGGGGCCGCGAUCCGGACGAGCUGGAUGUGGAGAAGGGCAAUGCCGUCGGGGAGCAGUCCUCUGCUCGCGCCGUGGUCAAGGCCAGCGUGGUGACGGUCCGGGAGAGCCCAGCGACGCCCGUGUCCUACCAGCCCGCCUCCACCUCCGCGGCCUCCGACCAGGCCAAGCUGCAGGCCCCGCCGGCGGAGCACACGGCCUGCAAGGCCUCGGGGGAGUACCCCCGGCGCAAAGGCUGGGCCAAGUUCAAGGAGGCCUGUGGGAAGGGCGAAGACUGGAACAAGGUCUCUAAAGCAGAGUCCAUGGAGACUUUACCUGAGAGAACUAAAGCUUCAGGAGAAGCUACCCUGAAGAAGACAGACUCUUGUGACAGUGGCAUUACAAAAAGUGACUUGCGCUUGGAUAACGCUGGGGAGACGAGAAGCCCGCAGGACCACAGCCCGGUCCUCACCGAGGUCAAGCAUUCCUUUUAUCCCAUCCCAGAACAGACUCUUCAGGCCACCAUGCUAGAAGUGAAGCAUGAGUUGAAAGAGGACAUCAAGGCUUUAAACACAAAAAUGACCAAUAUAGAAAACCAGCUUGCUGAGAUACUUAGGAUAUUGACCUCAAGAAGAAGCUCCCAGUCACCCCAGGAGUUGUUUGAAAUAUCGAGGCCCCAGUCUCCUGAAUCAGAAAAAGACGUGUUUGGAGCUAGCUGAGGUGUUUCUUUUUAAAAACAAACAAACCAACAAACAAAGAAACAGCCCCCUAACACUUUACAUUUAAUCUUUCUUGAAAACAAAUGAGGGAUCCGUUCACUAAGCAUGUUCCCUCUGUCUAAAAAGGUAUGGUAACAGGAAUUGCAACCUCAUGUCAAGAUGGCAGCUGACUUUGAAGCCUUUUUGACAGCAAGGGUACAGUUUCUAAAGUUUUUCUUUCCUCCCUUUGUCCUCAUUACCCCCCCCAGCCCCCUUCUCUCCCCUGGGAUGUUGGAAUAAGAAUUCUGACAGCAGCAGCCAUCCCCGUGAGCCCCAGGUGAUCUCUGAGGUUUUUGGAGCAUGCCUUAUGUCCUUAGCUCGGGUUAUGCCUAUCUGAAUAAGCACUUGCCAGGGUGCUUAUCUUUUCAGUGUUUGGUGGGUUGUUUGUUUUUUUGUUUUGUUGCUGCUGUCACUGUCUCAGUCACCUCUACAACACGUUGGAUGUCACAGUAUAUUUUCAUAAAGCUGUAAAAAUGCAAAGAGCAGUAGGAGACAUGUAUUUUACUGUGUGCUUAAGUUUCUUUUGGGUAGUCAAGGAAGGGCUAAUAAGAUGAAAAAAAAAUGUGGUUUUUAAUUUCAAACUGACAUACUGCUAAAACAAUUACAUUUGGCAACAUCUUCAAAAAUAGCCACAGUAUUUCAGAUCUAUUAAUAAAUGGGAUCUUCCACAAUCAUUCACUGAAUCAAAGAUAUGGUUUUUUCCAACCUUUUUAUGCUUUUUCAAAAAACUUCUCUUCUGUCUCAGAUGUCUUUCAACAUUUGAUACUUCUGCUUUCAACUCCAGCUGCUGGAGGGUUGGGUGUGAAGUGUACCUGAGAGCAGCCCUCAGCACAACAUAUUUGAAACAUCACUAACAGGUCCUGCAGAUUUGCCUCCCAAUGAAAAUAUACUGUGGCAUUUAUGUCCUGUUCUGCUAUGAAUCUGCUCUUUUAAUUCUUGUUAAAUUAUUAUUCAGAAGUUUCUGUUUUGAUAAUGUUCAUUGAAGCCAAAGGCUUUCACAGAAUUUUUAGCAGUGCCAGACAGUGGCAUUUUCCUCUACAUCCAGAUGUGUUGUUCCUGAUCUAAUCUAGCUUGGAAGCAAAUGGAUAGUAGAGGUAGAAAUUCAGUGCUUACUGUAUGCAAGUGCUAUUGUAGCAAGGAAACAAAGAGAUCUGCUUCUUAAAGAAGGAGAUGUUUCCAAAACUUAUAUUUUCAUAACUUUUUUCAGAGGAAGAUUGAAGCACUUUACCAAAACUAUUCUUCAUUAUUCAUAUAGGGUAGCAUAGAUGGUGUCAUGACUUGUGUUCUCACCUUGGGAUACAGGUGUAUAUUCACAGUACAUUCACUCCACUGAUCUGGUCUGUUCACUGGUUAACAGUAGCUUAGAUCUCAGAAGCAUGGUGCCAUACCACACUUUAAGGGGUUUUCAUCUUUCAUGUCAACAGGUCUUAACACUGUGUGUGUUAAAUCUCAUUCUUUUUCCUUGGUACUAAGUCAUUUACAAAGAAACACGGGAUUUUUUGGGGGGAAGAUUUUUGUUCAUGUUAAGUACAGAAGAGCAGGGAACACGAUCAAUUUUAAUGAUUUCUGCUGGCCUGAUGCUUGCACAGGGCAGUGCAGAACAGUGCCAGACUUCCCUGGGGAGCUGGGACGUCCACAGAUGACUGGCACAGUGGUGGGGCUGUGCCUUGCAAAGCUCCCAGCUCAGGUCCUGCUGUCAAGAGUGGUUGUUUCUACCUGUUCCUGCAGUAACUGCCCUUGCUCUCAAAGAUAACAAUUAUUCCAAGCCAGCACCACCAUUUCUUAGUCCAGAGGCAGGUGGUUUAGGAUUGGCUUUUAUUGUCUUACUCCUUGGUUUGGUAUGGAGGUGCCCACAGACUGUGAAUAAGGAUUGAAAUACUCCUGAGAAACAACUCCCAGGUUCAUAUCUGUAGGUUACCUUCUUCCCUCCCACAAGGAAAUGCAAGCAGGGAGAUGAGUUGCUCUGAAACCAAGAAGGUACUUCCUUAUUUCUGGUUCCAUGUUUAGGUUUUUCCAGUGGUACCUGGUGUCUUUUCCAGUUGCUCACUGCAGACGUGCAGUGCUGAGGGAGGCACUCUCUGACCAAAGCCACGCUGUUUGUGUUUGGUGCUUUAAUCACUCUAAGUAAGUGGCAGCAGGUACCUGCAACAGCAAUGGCAUGGCUGCCACAGAAACCCAUCCAUCCACAGUUUCUGUGAAAAACUUUGUCAUGAUUUUUUUUCUUUCUGGUCUUCUUAGACAGUAAUUACUACCUAAGUAAACCCCAGGUGUACUGAUAUACAAGGAUUUGUAACUGAUUUCCAGCAAGUUUUUAGAGACUGCCUUGGAGUCAGUUUCCUGAUCCAGGCAAAUUCCUCACCAGCAUGACAUUCAUGACACUUCUCUUCAUGAAGUUUUUGAAAGGCUGAAGGUCUUAGCAAGUCAUUUGUGAAAGUGACACCCAUUUACCUGCAGCUGGAUAAACAUGGACCUGAGCUUAUCCCAGGUGGACAAGGGAGGAAAUGUUUAUAGCCUCCCAAGAAUGUGCCUAGUAUCUCCAGAACUGCAGUGCAAACCUAAAAGUAAAUGUGCAGUUGCAGGUCACCGGCCCUUUGUUGCUGAUACUGAAUUGAAUUGUUUCUCAGUGAUAUUUUUGUGUGCCCUCAGGGAUAUGUCAAAGGUUAUUCUGCUGUUGUUGAUUGCCCAGCCUGGAAUCCCACCAGGACCAGCCCCAGAAGCCCCCUAAUUGUAAUAAUUGCCCAGGCUGUGAACAAAGGCAGACAAGUCCCCAUUUUCUGGGGAUGCUCCUUGUGUAGCGUGAUGCUCAGAAUGAUACCAAACUCCUCCCCACCCUGUAUAACAGUGAUUGGGUGAACCCAGUCCUUUUCUAAGGCUUUUUUCAGGCUCUUACAAUGGCCUAUAAAGACAUUUACUAUUUGUAAAGCCCUCAAAGAUUGUAACACACACCUGAAUUCUACUUAAAACUUAAUGUCUUUGAAGAUUAUGGCCAAAUUUAACUUUGCUAUGGUCAGGAAAUGGCAGAGAAACUCUGCUUGCUCCUUACAAUGACAUUUCAGGGUGUCUGCUCCAGGUGAGCCCAGACAGGAGUCAGUGCCAGUCAGACCUGCACAGCUGUAGCUGAGAUUAGGUCCAUUAUUAUGAACUGUCAGGCACUAACACUGGUUGUAGAAGAGUACAUCAUCCCUCAGCAACCUGUAUUUGUUGUAAGAGAAUUUGAAAAAAAGUACUGUCUAGGAUGAGUUUUGGAGUUUGGAUUCCCUGGACUAUUGAGUGGUUUAAAAAUUAACAAAUCCAUGCCCACUCCUUUGAACCCCAGGCUAAUCUGAACCUGUGCUAUGGUGCUCAGGCUCUGCUGAUGCAGCACUUUUCCUUUAAAGAGUGGCAAAAAGCCCCUAUGUUACAAAUCUGUCUUUCUCCACUGAGCCUUAUACUCAGACAGAUGCCCAUGGCUGGAUGGCAUGUGGACCCAUCAGAAUUGUUAUUAGUUCUUUGAUUUUAUUUGUCAGCUUUUCCUUUUUCUCUUGUUCCUCUCUACGUGUUGGCUAAGCCUUUUCACUUAAUUAUUUUCCAGCUUAGAACUGAAGGAUCUCUGAAAAUAAGACUCUGCCCCUUCACAAGGAAAUGUUUGUAGAUGGUAUAAAGAAAAAACCCAAACAAAAACCAAAGCCUCAGUUUUGACUGUGUUCUGGCAUAGUGCUUCUGCCAUUUAACAACCUGCUAAACGACCUGCAUCAUUCUAAAGGAGAUGAUGUGACUAUAUGGUCCAUUCUGACUAUAUGGUGUAAUUAAAUUCCAGCCAAAAGAAGGUAGUUGAGGGAAGGAGCCUGUAUUAUGAUUUGGUCAAAUGGGAACUUCUGAAAGUUCAUGCUUAAAUGGUUACAAAGAAUAAAAAUAUGCAGCAUAUGAAAAAGGAUUAAAAAAGCAAACCCCAGCCCUCACCCCUACCUUGUUCAGAUACAUUUACUUCUGUCUGGUAUUACAAGUAUACUUGUGAAAACACCAUUCUUCCUUUAAAUCUCUUCCACAGUUCUGCCCUGAGCCCCAGCGAACACCCUGUUUAACAGCUUCGGAGGCGAUGCUCUGUUCUACAGCACUUCCCUUAAUGAACUGAACAAGAUACUUACUGUGACUAUCUGGUGAUAUAUUUUCAAUCACUCUUAACCAAUCUGUGAGAGAAUUGAUGACAUAAUUUGUCUUUGCUAUAUAAACAACGAGGUGUAUGAUUACGCUUGUGCAGAUGCGUGUACAUACACACAUAUAUAUAAUAUCUGUGUAUAGAUAAGUCUAUGGAUUGCAUUUCUGUUAAGUAAAAGCACAUUCCUCAUUGAUUCCAGUCAAGAAGGGAGCUUAAAUCUUCCCAGCAGACAUCCACUGAGUGUCCUGUUAGUGUCUUGUUUGUUAACUGUUGAACUUUUAAGGCCAUGAUUUUUGAUUUUUCUAGCUGGCCUCAACUUCAUACUGUGAGUCUGGUAGAUAGUGUGACUAAGAGAAGAUCUGGUGAGGGUCAUGAUAGUCAGGAAAGAGAAAUCCCUGUGAAAUUGGAAAAAUGCUGUGUCCUAGUUGGUGGGGAUAAGGCUUAGAAGCUGGUGUUUGUUGCUCACAGUAUCUCUGAAGCCAAGCUGCCCUGGUAGUGUUCAUCAUGGCUUUUCCUGCAAGAGAGAUGGUGGAAUAGAUGGAUGUAUUUUUUUCUGGUACCAGGGACUGUCUUAAAGGUGCUGAGCCUAUCCUUCUUCUCAUGGGCAGCAUAACACAUGGUUGCUGCAGCUCUGCUUUCUUGUCCUGGUGUUACGUGGCAAAAAGCAUCUUCUACUGAAUUUUUCAUUUCCACAUAGUCUCCUGUGGGUGUAUUGGCAAUAACAAAGUCUGUGUUUUUGCUGCACUUGUGAUACAUCAAGACAAACCUUUUAGAGAGAGUCCCAUGCAGGGGGAGCUCCAGAAAUUUGAGGUGAGGCACAGUAGGAUACUGUAUCCUCCAAUCUGACAUCAUUUUGACCACAUUGUUGUGGGAAGCAUUGAUUCAAUUAAAUAAAAACAAAGCUUUUUUUGCAAUAAGAUAUAUCCAGCAUUUAGCCUUAAGACCCUUUCAUAAGUGAUAUAAUUCAAACUGUGAUUCCAUUCUUCUUCCUUCUUAAUGUUCUGUAGUAUUUACAGUGUUGCCUAAAGAUGAAGCACUUUGGUUAGCUUUCUAAAUCUAAUGGAAAUCACUUGCUGGUAAUCACAUUUCUUUCUCCACUUAUUGCCUUCUUAUUAGGAUAAUUAAUUACUCCAAUUGCCCUCUCCCCUCAUAAAACAAAGAGACAUAGAUAUUGUCUAAACACUUUUGUAUAUCAGGGAGCCAACCUGUCAUAUUGCAAAAGUGUUUCACAGGCUUUUUUUUACAGAUCAACAAAGCUAAUGUGAAUUUACCUGCAACUGUAAUUUGUUUGAAGCUGAUUGUUGAGUGUUGUGUAAACAUAUUUGAUGUGUAAUCCCAGAACAUCUCUGUAACUGGAUCCAAAUGCCUGAUGUUAACAAAACAGUUCGGGGUUUUCACUAACUGUUCUGAAAGGCUCACGGGCUUCUUUCUUCUUCCCACUAAAUCUGUGACCACUAACAUAGAAGAAGAAUCAUUUUAGCUGUAGAUGAAAGAAGUUCAAUAAUCUUGUAUCAGGAUGAACUGCUAUAUAAAGAAAUACCAAGUUUUCCAAUGAAUGUGUUAUAUUACUGUACCUACAUACAAUCAAUAUUUGUACAUCUGUUGGAGACCUGUCUGCGUUUCAAUAUUUAGCCACCACUGCAUGGACACUUGAUUGAUAUGCAGUUAAUGCAGUUGCUUUGGCGCUUUUCAAUGUACUUCACUUGUUUUUAUCCUUUCAGAAAUCCACCAAAUACUCUCAGUUCUUUUUCUUUGCAUUUGUCACUUUGUUCAAUGAAGCAUGACUAGAAACAGAGAAUGAGUAGAUACUAUUUUUGUGGUCAGCAAAGCAGCUGCCAGUAGAUGGACGGUGUGUGUAUGUAUGUGUGUAUACACACUGUCUGGGAAUGUUUCAGAUACAAAUGCAGCCACCUCCAUUAAUGAUAUCCCUAGUCAACAUUUUUAAACAAGCACAAAUAAUAUUUGUAAAAAAAGAAGUUUAAUUUUAUUUAUUAUAGUAAUAAACUAUUUUAUACAUUA